AUGGCCUCCACCACUUUGCGCGCUGUCACGCAUCGCUUGACAACGACCCCGGUUGACCAACUGCCCUCGAUUGCUGCAUUCCUCGCGGCCUCGCUGAGCGAUUGUGCCGAACUCCUCUCGGCACCACAAGCCCAAAAACCGGGCAAGGGGGACUCCGACCAUGCCGUCCAAAUUCACAAACUAAAGACCCGCCUGGCCAGUCUGCUGCAAGACCGCAGUGUUGAGGGACGCUGGACCGCCGUCGUUCUAGUCAAGGCCGCCGUCGAAGCAGGACAAUGGGAGAUUUUGCGGGGCUACGAGCCGAUCGUUCGCGGCCUGAUUGGCAUUCUGGCGAAACCUGACCCGGUAUCCACCCGAAAGAUGUGUAUUAUCACCUUGACUCGCAUUUUUCACCUCACAUACCAGUACCCGACGUUAGUUCGCGAGAUUACCACUCCUUAUCUGCCAGGCUUCGUUACCGCAGCGCUCAACCUGGUCUCGACCUUGGUGAAGCUUCCCUCGGGUUCGAAUCGGAAGCCGAAGCCCAACACUCCCUUCAUGGAGAUUGUCCUCCAUUCCAUCCUAGAACUGAUUCCUCGUCACCCCACAAUUUUCCGUCCCUUUGGGACCCAGCUUCAGUCUCUGCUUGGGGAUAUUCUUAGCGCAUCUUCUCAGGUGUACUAUCCCGAGCAAGUGUUGGAUGUGGCAGAGCAGCUAUUUGCUUCUCUUUAUAGAUGCGCUCCAAAGGAUAAAUCGGGCCAUGGCUGGAACGACGCAUGCAAGUCGACUAUUUUGUCUGCCCACAGAGCCGCCGACCAUGUCUUCCGGGCUAUCGCAGAGCAGUGGGAAUCAGUGGAUCCGACUUUGGCUCACACAAAGCAGCACUACAGCAAGGAAUUGGCGGACCCGAGCAGCGAUUCCCUAGGAUUCCCGGGCUGGACAGGAAUCCAUGCCGGAACCGACAGGCUGGUUAUACUCCUGCGGAUUCUCUCUGAAAUAAUCUCCCUACCGUCGGCUGCCACUGUCGCCAUUCCUCUCGGCUCAAUUCUCGACUUGACUUCUCGCCUUACUUCCGUAACUAUCCCGCCGAACGGCGAAGCUUCGCAGAAUGGAGUCCAAUUCAAUCCUCAAAUCAGUCGAGACGAGCGGGAGCUGUUGUGGGCUGAACUGCCUCGCAUUCAUAUUGCCUGUAUGGACUUGCUUGCCCAUGUUGUCGGUGUGUUGGAAAUUAGCACGACUCCAAUCUCGCAGAACAUUCUUGAGCAAGUUACCUGGCUUUUCAAGAACGAGAAGUUCUGCAAAGAAGUUCGGUCGGCUUCUUAUGAUUUGCUCUCCUCUGUGUUGAAAUUGACCGGCCCUGCGAUGACCAAGCAGAGUGUAGCCUCUGUCGCAAGUGUCCUUCGGGUAACAUGUCAUGACCUGCUUCCUCAGUUUGAAGACUCUAUUGCGGUAGGCAAGGCGCAGACUGAUCUCAAGUCGAAGUCGAAGGGCGGUCAAGGCACAGCAAAUGCAGACUCGUUCUUGGACCCUGAGCUUCGGAAGAAGCAGCAAUUGAAAGCCGGCCCGAAGUUCCCCGAAGUUCAGCAAGCUGCAUCGGGACUUCUGCAAAGUGCUCUGGCGUACAUUGCACCUGAGCUUUUGGCGCCUUCAGUUCGUGCGGAAAUUGAUCGCACGAUCAUUCUUACUUCGAACAAGGAUGCCAUGCUUGCCAGCGUCCUUAACCCAAUUCCGGCUGCCAAGGGCCGUGGAGCUGGCUCAAGCCUUAUGCCGUUCUUGGUCCGAAGCUACCCCGAACAAAUGGAGGUCGAGGCUUUGGUUCGUCCAAGGAUGCCGGUCCUGAUGAGCGUGCCGGAGCUCGAUGCUUAUGCCGAGAUAGAAGAGGAGGAGGAGGCUGAUGAGAUGGUCGAUGAGCCAUUCACCAACGCGCCUCAGACUGCUAGCUUCUUAAAAGAAACGGCUGCUGCUCCUGCAAAGGCUCAGAAUACCGAGCCCUCCGCGAUUUCAGUGGCACCGCUGCAGAAGCGAACUUAUUUUGAGGAGACCGCCGCCGAAUCGCACUCUUCCCCGGCAUCCGUACAGCAGCCUGUGCAGAUCAAGAAAGCUCGAUUUGAGGAGAAGGCACCAGCACCUGCCUCUGUACCCGCAUACCAACCAACUAAUGUUGAGGCAUCCAUGGUUCCUACACAGGUCCCGGCUGUUUCCCAGGCGCCAGCAACCCAGGCAACGUCGCAACCCACCGCGGGAGCUCCGUUGCCCGUUGAUGAUAGUGAUGACGAGCUGCCAACAUUGAACAUUGAGUCUGACACCGACGAUGACGAGGAUGAAGAGGAUGAGGAUGUGGCAAUGGAAGGCUAA